GCGGCGCGGCAGCUACACGAUAGCUGCCCGGGCCAGGCCCGCUAUCUCCUCUGGGCCUACAGUUCGUCACACGGUAGGGAGAACGUCCGACGCUUGUGGGUCAGGCUCUCGGCGCCUCGUCCCGCUCCGUUCCGCGCCCCGCUCAGGACGACGCAAAAAAGCAAUCUCCUCGAACCACUGCCCUCCUAAAUCCCCCCGGGGGCUGCGAAAGCUCCAAAUUCCUAGGACGUCUUUUCUAGUUACACUCCCUUCCCUUGGCGACAGUUUUUCAUCCAGGCUCAUGGCUUCCAGAUGUGUAUCCCAAGCAAGACCUCUCCCCAUUCUAGGCUCGUAUCCAGAUGUCUUCUUGACACCUGCUUCGGAAUCUGUGUCAGGGCGGAACUCGAGCUUUACGCCUGCAGCACAGUCGUCCUCCAGUUCUUCCCCGUUCAAUAACGCUGAUUCCAUCCGGGGAGUGAAUUCCGCCCCCGAGACCCUGGGGCCGUUCGCGGCUCCCUGAGAGCCUUCCUCCCCAAGCCAGUGUGCCAGCAAAUACGCCUCUUGGCUUUGGAGUAUAUGCAGCACCUCGUCUCUUCUCACCAGGCCAUGUCGCCGUCUUGGACCGGGGCAGCGGCUGGGCCGUUGCCAGCCGCGCUCCUGCUGUGCUACAUCCAUCCUCAGCUGAGCGGCCAGAAUGCUAACAUCACUUUUGAAGGAACAUGUCCAUACUGUUUCCAGUUGCUGGUUUUGGAUAACUCUCGGGUGCGCCUCAAACCCAAGUCCAAACUGACUCCCAAAAUACAAAAACUUCUUAAUCGAGAAGCAAGAAAUUAUACACUUAGUUUUAAAGAAGCAAAACUUGUGAAAAGAUAUAAAGACUCCAAAAGUGUAUUGUUGACUACUUGUAAAACAUGCAACAGAACAGUUAAACAUCAUGGUAAAAGUAGAAGCUUUCUCUCAGCACUGAAGAGCAGUCCUACUACUCCUACGAGUAAGCUCAGCCUGAAGACACCAGAAAGAAAGACUCCCAGUUCUGCAAACCUAAAUCCUAAGUGUGGUUCCAAAGGCAAGAGCCCAGCCUUGAUAUUCAGGACACCUACAUCUGGACAGUCAACACCCACUUGCUCCUCAAAGAAUGUGAGCAAAACAAAGAAACAUUUCUCUAAACUAAAAAUGUUGCUUAGUCAGAGUGAAUCCCAAAAGAAUUCAAAAGUGGACUUCAGAAAUUUCUUACUGUCUUUGUAAAGGAUGGGCUCUGAAAAUAAAUGUUUAAUGCAAUUUCUGAAA